AUUUUUCGUCAAGGAGGAUCAGCAGUCCAUUGUUAUCAGUACUCAUCGUCAGAAUUUUCCACCAGCAGGCGGCCGACAGAACAGAAGAAAGAAUCACAGAUAAAAAGAGGAAAGGAAGAAAGAACAGAAAAAGGGUAGGAAGAAGAAAAAACACAAAUCAUACACUUACUUUGCACCUCAACACCCCACCAACCCUUCGUUUAAGUUACACGAAGAUCACGUCGAGUUAUGAUCAUGGCUUCCUCUCCUGUCGUUGUAAGCUCCUCGGUUCUCGUUGAGAAGAAAGAUGUGGGCUUGUCAGCUUUCCGUUCACAGGCGGCUACAUUUGCAUUUUCUGCUCCGGCUUCCAAGAAGCGGGCCUUUGGUAAAAUAGUGUCUGUGAUGGCACCUCAGCAGUCCGAGCGUAAAACUUCGACUACUGGCGCGGUCAAGACUGGAAUGACCAUGACUGAAAAGAUACUGGCAAGGGCUUCGGAGAAAUCCCAGUUGAGCCCUGGUGAGAAUGUGUGGGUCAAUGUGGAUGUUUUAAUGACUCAUGAUGUUUGUGGCCCUGGUGCCUUUGGUAUUUUCAAGAAAGAGUUUGGAGAAAAUGCAAAGGUCUGGGACCGUGAAAAACUUGUAGUCAUUCCGGAGCAUUAUAUAUUCACAACUGAUGAACGAGCAAAUCGCAAUGUGGACAUCUUGAGGGAUUUCUGUACUGAACAAAAUAUUAAGUACUUCUAUGACAUUAAAGAUCUUGGGAACUUCAGGGCCAAUCCAGAUUACAAAGGUGUGUGCCAUGUGGCUCUUGCUCAAGAAGGUCAUUGCAGACCUGGAGAGGUCUUGCUAGGUACAGAUUCACACACAUGUACUGCUGGAGCAUUUGGUCAAUUUGCUACAGGAAUUGGAAUUACUGAUGCAGGUUUCGUACUGGGUACUGGAAAGCUUUUACUUAAGGUGCCUCCAACUUUGAAAUUUGUGAUGGACGGUGAAAUGCCUGAUUAUUUGCUUGCAAAAGAUUUGAUUUUGCAAAUUAUUGGUGAAAUUUCAGUUGCUGGUGCAACAUAUAAAUCAAUGGAAUUUGUCGGCUCUACUGUAGAAAGUUUGACAAUGGAGGAAAGAAUGACAUUAUGCAACAUGGUUGUUGAAGCUGGGGGAAAGAAUGGUGUUAUCCCUGCUGAUAGUACCACUUAUAAGUAUCUUCAGGACAAGACAUCCGUGUCCUACGAACCAGUUUAUAGUGAUGGACAAGCAAGAUUUCUAUCUGAGUACAGAUUUGAUGUCUCAAAGUUGGAGCCCUUGGUGGCUAAGCCGCAUUCUCCCGAUAAUCGAGCUUUAGCCAGAGAAUGCAAAGAUGUGAAAAUUGACCGAGUGUAUAUUGGAUCCUGCACUGGUGGAAAAACAGAGGAUUUCAUGGCUGCUGCCAAAGUUUUUCUUGCUUCGGGGAAAAAGGUGAAAGUCCCAACAUUCCUUGUUCCUGCUACACAAAAGGUGUGGAUGGAUAUAUAUAGCAUUCCAGUCCCGGGUUCUGGUGGAAAAACUUGCUCACAGAUUUUUGAGGAAGCUGGUUGUGAUACACCAGCGAGCCCGAAUUGCGGUGCUUGUUUAGGAGGACCAAGAGACACUUAUGCUCGCAUGAAUGAACCUCAGGUCUGUGUUUCAACCACAAAUCGCAACUUCCCUGGUCGUAUGGGCCACAAAGAAGGGCAGAUCUAUUUAGCUUCUCCAUACACAGCUGCAGCAUCUGCAUUAACCGGGUUUGUCACUGAUCCUAGGGAGUUUUUGCAGUAAGUUUUUCGCCAGCGAAUGUGGUGAUUGUGUAUGCUACUUCUUGAAUAUAUGUCGUGAUUCUGGAGUUGACGAACCCACUUUCUGAUGUUCACUGAUGCAUAUUUAUGUUAUCGUCUGUUAGAACUUUUCACCUCAGAAAAACAACCGACUUCCUUCCGGAUUUGUAAUAAUAUUACAGUAGAGGAUACCAAUGAAAUAAUGAACUAGUACAUGUUCAUCAUUGAGGAAGAGAGUUGCUUCAUUCUCAUUUGUGCUAAAUUAGUAAACAUUUUUCAUCAAUCUCAGAUUCCCUCAUGUAGUUUUCA